AUGACGCUUGGUAUUGCAACAUUGUCUGUUAUUACGAGUAUAAUAUUAGUGGAAGGUGAUUUUAACAAUCCGCGGUACUAUGAUUUUGAUGUUGGACUUUUAUUAGAUAAUGAUAGAAUACUAAUUAGUUACACAAAAUGUUUCUUAGAUAAAGGACCUUGUACACCUGACGCCAAAGAAUUUAAACAUGAUAUCCCUGAAGUUUUACGAACUUCCUGUGGAAAAUGUACAAACAAACAAAAGGAGAUAAUCAAACAAGUUAUAGGAGCGGUGAUGAAACGUCAUCCCAAGUCUUGGGUACAACUCCUCGACAAAUAUGAUCCAGAGAGCAAAUAUAUUGACGACUUUAACAAGUUCAUUGCAGAAGAAUAAUUUAAAGUUACUCUAAUAAUUGAGGUAU